AUGAAGACAUCCACCAUCGCAGCCAUCACCCUCCCGGUCCUCGCAGCAGGAGCCAACCUUCAACCUCGCCAAACGGACCAGGCCACAACCGCAUGCCCUUCGCUAUGGUCUGCCGUGCUCACCUCCGCACCGCCGUUCCCGACCCCCGUGCAAGAGUACCGCAGUUCGAUUUCAGCCCGCAUGACCGACGUGUGCAUGUCGUUUGGAGACCCGGACAUGCCAGAGUCGGUGCUGACGGCGCUCGCCAGCUACCAGGACACCUUCUCGGACUACAUCUCCAAGGACCGUCAGGCGUCGAGCGCCUACAAGCUCUGCUCAGAUUGGCUGAACCAGCCGAUCUUGCUGACGGAUACGUCGCAGAUCGCGUCGUCAAAGUCGCGCAUGUCGGCGUACGAGUCUUGUCGAGAGAAUGGCAAGCUGAGCACGUGGUGGACUAGCUCGCCGGCCACGACGACGCAGACCAGUGCUGCCAACAGUGUCGCCACAACUGCUGCGACCACUGGAGGUAGCGCUACCAACGCCGGUCAGACGGCUGCGACGUCGGCGCCUGCUGGUGGGGCUGCUGCUCGAGGCACUCCCAUUGCAGCCGUGUCCAUGGUGGUUGCGGUUGCGUUUGGGAGUCUUGUGGCCUGGAUGUAG